CCAUAAUCACCUCGCCGGUCGAGUAAAGCUGGACUUUGCCUUCGCCUCCACAAACUAUAUUUUGGAUAGCAGCACAUAUCUCUACGCCUUCGCUCUUUCUUCUUCAUGAAUAAUCUGGUCUUCGGGCCGUCAGGUGCUAUAUCCUUCGUCGACGGUCAAGAUACCGGCUCGCCAAGCACGAAAAAUGACGACCAGCUACCUCAGCAAGCACCCUUUGCGAUAGCGCAUAAUGCGGAACAGCCUGCGAUAGCGUCGGACUCGCCCUUGUCUGCCCUCUUCACCCCGGACGCCGAAGCUUCGACGCAGAGUAGCCAAGCCAGUCCGACCGCCUCAGACUCUCGGACCGCAGAAGCAACGCCCCCGCUGUCUACCGGAAGCUCAUCUUCUAUCUCUGAUGCGCCUUCUUCCUCGUCACCGGUCAGCCCCUCGGACUCGACGACAUCCGCAACUUCGAUCACUCAGGUUGGAUCGAUAGCGAGUUCCUCCUCUAUUGCGUCUUCUAUGACUUCGUCCUCGCUCAGCUCUACAUCUUCGACUGCUAGCUCCUCGUCAACUUCAUUCUCCUCGAGCAGCACCGCCGCGCAUAUUUCCGCCACGCCUUCUGCCGUUCUAUCCUCUACCCAAGGCCAACACGGCCCGCCUUUCUAUAUCGGCCUCGGCCUCCUCGGUAUUGCCGCCGUCGCCAUCGUCGCUGCUCUCAUUGCCUGGCUCGUCCGCAUGCGCUCCGUCUCUCGCCGUCAACGCUACGCUGCCAGCCUCAACAUCCCCUGGGUCGAUGACGACACCCACAGCUUCUCGAACGACAAGACGAACGGCUACGCGUUCAACCAUGCCACCUCGACGUUCAUACAUAGCUCAGAAAAGGCGUCACCUCCGGAGCUCGCGCACCUGCCUUCGGCGAUGGACAGCCGCGACCAUCUUGGCGCGCGCCAGCUGCAGAUCACGAAUAUGAACCCGGGCGAUAAUCAUUCGGUACCUUCAUCGGGGGUGCCGUCGCCCCAUCCGAAUGAGGACAUGGGCACGCCACGCGCGCAGUUUGCGCCAAGGUAUCUCGCUGUUGGAGAUGGUGGACUGGACGUGCCGUGGGCGGCGCCGCAGUUGCGCCCCACGCUCUCGGCGAGACUGCGUGGGCGUUGGAAGGCGCAGGAACAUGGCGGGCACCCUGACUCUGCCCCUUUCGACCAUCAGACAGCUUAUGAUCGCCAGCCUGAGCAGCCGCCGACCAUUCCGCCUCCGGAUACCACUGGUUGGACGUCGACGCUGCGCCAGUCUGUCGUGAACGCCUUCACCUACGCGCUGCCGGCGACGCUCGUAGCAGGUCCGCCGCCGGAUAAUUCGGCAGCGGACAACCUGACUGCCGGUGGUCCCCCCUCGCGCGCUAGUACGCGCCGGGCUAGCACGCGCCGUCGUGCGUGCGAUCUGGAGCGUGGGCCGAGCGAGGGGUACGUGGGCGGGGAGUUGGUUGGGCUGCCGUAUGGAGAGCCGUACGCCAACGCUCGUGACGAGCCUGCGCUGUCCCGCCGAAGCACGGCCUCGACCUACAUCCCGACGCUGGACGCGUACAUGGGCUUUGACCAUGCGUUCUCGCCGAAUCCGAUGGGGAAGCGGUUUGAGGGCAGGCGGGAGGGCGCGCUCGGUGAUGGAAGCGCGCAAGGCCUUGAUAGUGGAGGAGAGAACCCCUUCGAGGCGCCGCGCCUGCCGCGCAAGUCGUCGACGGAGCUGACGAUGCCGGAGGGGAUGAUGGCGAUGGGGUCGUCGGGGAUGGGGUCGCAGCUGGGGAUGGGAUCGCAGGGGAUGGGGUCGCUGCAGAUGCCGCGCCCGGCGGCGGUGGCGGAUACGCGGGUCGCGCCGGUGUCGAGGAUGGGGUCGGUGGCGGUUCCUUCGAGACGCGAGUCCCUCGCUGCGCCCUCACGACGGGACACCCUCGCGGCUCCCUCACGCCGUGACACCCUCUACAUCCCCUCGCGCGUGUCGUCGACCGCGUCGCGGAUGAGCAAACUCAGCGGGCCGGAGGAGUUUGCGCGGCAGCGGCUGGUAGAGCGGGCGCAGCGGAGGCGGGUGAGCGGGUGUGUGGAGGUUGAGGAGGAGGGGUUACAGUAGUAAUACAUUGUUGUCGCGAGCAGCCUGGUGCUGUGGUAUAGUAAUACAUAUUGUCGAAUCCUCAUCGUUGGUCGUGAG